CAUUUUGUUAAAUUGAAUAAACAACAAUUAAUCUUGUAUCUUUGAAAUGAAUUUUUUGAUAGUUUUUUGUUUAAUUUUUUCACCCAUUCAUGGUCUCAAUUUAACUCCAAUAGUUAACUUGACUAGUGGCCCUAUUCAAGGUAAAGUUACUGAAUAUGAAUCCAUUGGUGUUUAUCAGUUUCUCGGUAUUCCUUAUGCAAAGCCACCGGUUGAUAAAUUGAGAUUCCAGUUACCAGUUGAACCAGAUCCAUGGACUGGGGUUAAAUCAGUGAUUGAUUUUGGUCCAGCUUGUCUCCAACCAAACAAUGGGCUAUUAAGAGCCAGUGAAGAUUGUCUUUAUCUCAAUAUUUUUGUUACGGAAUCAACUUUUAAUAACUCAUCAAACAAACAACGACCAGUGCUUUUCUGGAUUCAUGGCGGUGGAUUUACAACAGGAUCUGGGCUUAUUCUGGCAAAUCCAAUGGUUCCAUUACAUGAUGUCGUACUCGUCUCUCUCAAUUAUCGUCUCAAUGCAUUUGGUUUUAUUCACUUUGGAGCUGAUGAGCCUAGAGUUCCUUCGAAUAUUGGUUUACAGGAUCAGCUACUUGCUUUGAAGUGGGUCCAUGAAAAUAUUCAAAAGUUUGGCGGUGAUCCGAAUAGUGUGACAAUUUUCGGUGCAUCUGCUGGAUCGGUCUCAGUCUCUGCUCAUCUGUUGUCUCCGCUUUCGAAAGGACUUUUCAAAAGAGCUAUUCUUGAAUCAGGAACAAUUUACCAGAAUCACAACGAUGAUACCUUGGUUCUAGAUUCUUGGGAACUUUACAACAAAACUUCAUGUUCAAAAUCGAAAGAUGUUCUUGAAUGUAUGCAAAAAUUGCCAGCAAACGAAAUAUUAGAUAACAUAAGUGAUAAAGUAUUAGCAUAUUCCUUCAAAGUGGGUGACGACUUUCUGCCUUACGAACCAUCCAAAGCUUUCGCGGAAGGAUUCUUUGAUAAUUCGAUUGACAUUCUAUUGGGUGUUGUGAAAAAUGACGGUUCGGUUUUCAUGAAAGCUAUCGACCCCAUAGUUUUCGAUUACUCAAAAGUGCCAGAGUCAAUAUCCUACCAACAAGCUACAACCUACUUGAAGCGCAUCUUUGAUUCUGAAUCAGUUGACUAUUUCCGUGAACUCUACUUUGGUCCUGAAAACAACAAUUCAGAUUUCAGGUCUCAACUUGAAAGAGCUUACAGUGACGCUACAUUUAUUUGUCCAACUUAUGUGUUUGGACUUCAGUACGCUUCUAGUUUAGGUACACAGGGUGGUAAAGUUUAUGCUUAUUAUCACACUCAAAAGCCAACAACUGACCAUAUGCCUGAAUGGAUAGGAACUUAUCAUGGUGUUGAUAUGUUUUAUGUUUUCGGAAUACAUCUGCUGAAUCCUAGUUGUGCACAGAAAGACGCUGCAUUGUCUCGCGAAAUGUUGAAAAUCUGGACUUAUUUUGCUGAGCAUGGCGAGACUCCAAUGAUUGGGAAAACUAGAUGGAAAACAUUACAGGAAAGCAAGUCGGCGAUGAUACUGAAUAUUGAUGAUUGGGGAAAAACUGAAAGGGAAAGAAUCGAAUUCUGUCAGAAAGAAUGGCCUUAUAUAUCGCAAAACAUAAUUAUAGGAUUGGGCCCGUCUCUAGACCAAACUGUUUCUUAAAUGAUAAUUGUUUCUUUUGAAUCUGUUUUUUCGCUCAAUGUUAUGACACAAGUGACAGUUACUAAGCAUAAAUCUUAUGUUUUGAAGGAUGUUGAUUAUUAAAUGAUUAGUUCAGAUUUUAUUCGUUA